AUGACAUGGUUUUUUUUAUUUUUUCUAUCCAUAGGAUUAAUAAAAGAAGGUAAAUGUAGAGAUAAUGAAGAUUUUCCUUUUCGAAAUAUUUCACUUGAUUGGUCAAUACGUGUUGAUGACCUUAUAUCACGUCUUACUCCACAUGAAAUUAUUGAUCAAAUGGCAUAUGGAGGUGGUUGGAAUGAUGGUGUAACACCUCCUAUACCACGUUUAAAUAUACUUCCUUAUUCUUGGGGUACUGAAUGUUUACGAGGUGAUAUAAGUGAAAAUUCAACUGGUUUUCCACAAGCAAUUAAUCUUGCAUCAACAUGGAAUAAACAAUUAGUAAAAUCUAUAGCAAAUGCAACAGCAUAUGAAGUUCAUGCACAUUAUAAUGUUUAUCGUAGAGAAGGUUUAUAUGGUGUACAUCGUGGUUUAAGUUGUUUUUCACCGGUUAUUAAUAUAAUGAGACAUCCAUUAUGGGGUCGAAAUCAAGAAACUUAUGGUGAAUGUCCUUAUCUAUCAGGCAUGUUUGCUAUUUAUUUUGUUCAUGGUCUUCAAGGACCAUUAUCUGCGCGUUAUCUUAAUACAAAUGCAGGUUGUAAACAUUUUGAUGCACAUAAUGGACCAGAAAAUAUUCCUCUAUCACGUUUUUCAUUUAAUGUACAAAUAUCAGAAUUUGAUUGGCGUUCAACAUUUCUUCCAGCAUUUCAUGCAUGUGUAAAUGCUGGUAGUUAUGGUAUAAUGUGUUCAUAUAAUUCUAUAAAUGGAAUUCCAUCAUGUGCAAAUAAUCGUCUAUUAACCGAUAUACUUCGUCGAGGAAUGAAUUUUACUGGUUAUAUUGUUUCAGAUGAUGAUGCUUUAGUAUUUAUUAACAUUGAACAUCAUUAUGUUAAUACAAAUGAAGAAGCUGCAAUUAUUGCAUUAGAAGCUGGUGUUAAUUUAGAAUUAGCUGAUUCACCUGAUGCAACUAUGUUUGAAUUAUUACAUAAAGCAUAUGAUGAAGGAAAAAUAAAUCAUCAAAUAUUAAUUGAACGUGUUAAACCAUUAAUGUAUACAAGAAUGCGUCUUGGAGAGUUUGAUCCUAUUGAAAUGAAUGAUUAUAAUAAAAUUUCAAUGGAUAUUAUACAAUCUGAUUUACAUAGAAAUUUAGCACGACAAAUAACACUUCAAUCAUUUGUUUUACUUAAAAAUCAAGAAAAUUUAUUACCAAUACAUAAUCCAAAUCGAUUUUCAAAUGUACUUUUUCUUGGACCAAUGUCAAACAAUCCUAUACAACAAUAUGGUGAUUAUUCACCUAUUGUUGAUCCUUAUUAUGUAACAACACCAUUAAGUUCAUUACAAGAUUGUUUUUUAAAUACAAGUUAUAAUGAAGCAUGUUUAGAUGGAACAAGAUGUUUAAAUUAUAAUCAAACAGAUAUAAUAAAUUAUUUAAAAAUAAAUGUAUUUGAUUUAAUUAUACUUUCAUUAGGUACAGGACAAGCAAUUGAAGGUGAAGGAAAUGAUCGUGUAUCAAUGAAUUUACCUAAUAAUCAAUCACAAUUACUUGAAGAUGUUCUUAAUACGAUUAAUUCAAAUAAAACAAAAAUUCUUCUUUUAAUCAUAUCUGGUGCACCAGUUGAUAUUCAAUUAGCUGAAGAAUCAAAUCAAAUUCAAGCUAUAGUACAAUUAGGUUUUGGUGCACAAGAAUUAGGUGAAGCACUUAAAAUGGCUAUUAUUGGAGAUGGAAUUUCAAAAUUCGGUCGAUUACCUUAUACAUGGCCAAACAAAUUAAGUGAUUUACCAGGUGAUAUAACACGAUACGAUAUGACAAGUGGUUUUACAUAUCGUUAUUCAAAUGUUGAACCACUUUAUCGAUUUGGUUACGGUUUAUCUUAUUCAAGUUUUUUUUAUUAUGAUCUUAGUUUUAAUGCAACAAAUAUAAAACCAGGUGAUGGUUUGACAAUUUAUUUUAAUAUUAAAAAUAUUGGUCAAAGAAUAUCAGAUGAAGUUAUUGAAAUUUAUUUAAGUAUUCAUUUAAAAAAUACAUCUUUAGCAAAUGUAUCACUUGCACAAUUAGUCGAUUUUGAACGUAUAUCAGAUAUAAAUCCAGCAGAAAUUAUUCUCUAUCAAACUAUUAUAAAACCAGAACAAAUGGCUGUUUAUAUUGAUGGAAAAGGUUUUCUUAUUUUACCAGCAACAUUAGAAUUUAAAAUUGGAAAUUUUAUUGAGCCAUAUUUAUCUGGGGAUGUAAUCAUUGAUGGUGACAGUUAUUAUGUUGGACAAUAUAUUUCUUAUGCAAGUAUAUGA